UGGAACGAUACAGAAUACAGACGCGUUCUAGGGUUUCUGUCUUGUUUUGAAUCAGCGGCGAGAAAGUGGUAGAGAAGCGCUCGGUGUAGAGACCCCUGUAGAUUCCCGUCCAGAGUCUAGAUCAUGAGUCUAAUCUCACACUCAACAGCCUCCUCCUCCUCCUCCUCAAGGAACCAUAAGAUCUGCUUGGUUUCCGAGUUCCAACAGGGAUGUUAUGAUUAUAAGUAUGAAGUUUUCGUCAUUGACCUUGGUUCUUGCUCUGGUGGUAGACAACGUCGUCGAGGACCCAGACAAUUUCGCAAUCCCUUGUUCCAAAUUCCGAAAUACUUCCCAAUAUCUAUGGGCUUCUUUGCCUUUCAAUCGAGCAUCUACUUUCUGGGAGGAUACCGUGCAUUUGAAGCUAAGGUGAUUCUACCUACGGAUGUUUUUGUCUAUGACACAUCCUCCUGCGGGUCCACCAUUAAGAAGGUAAGUGGCAUGAAUCGCGGCAAGUGCUAUCCUGUGAUUAUUGGUCCUGUCGAUGGAAAGUUUUAUGUUAUUAGUAAAUGCUUGGUAUAUCGUGAUUUUGAGAAGUUCGACCCAAAAUUGGGUUCUUGGGAUCUUCUCUGUCAGCCUCCUGUUACUUACCGGCCAUUUCCGGAUGAAGUUAAUGAAUAUUGCAUUUCUGCAUAUGCCUUGAGCAAUGAUCGCAAAAUUCUCAUGUCGACUCCAUCGGGUUUCUUCUCCUAUGACAUUGAUAUGGAUAAUUGGUAUUUUAACCCCGAAGCUUCUAUUCCCUUUGGUCCAAGUUAUAUGGAAAUUGAAAUUCCUUCUGAAUGUGCGGUGUCAAUGGGUGGUGAUCGCUUUUUAGGGUUCAUCAAGGAGGAGGAGGACGAGGCGGAGGAUGAGGAGGACUGCCAUGUGGUACUUGGUACCUAUCGCUACAAUAGUAAUGAGCAUACUUGGGAUGACUUCCAGCACAUCUACGCCUGGCCCAUGAAAUAUGAAACCCCUGUCUAUCCUAUGUCUAUGUCUAUGUCUUUGGGUGAUGAUCUAUUCUGCGUCAUUGUAUCGGAAUAUGAUAUUGACUCCAAUACACACUGUGUUUCAAUAAAGGUUUUUGGAGAUGGACCCAAAUUCAAAUGUCUCCAUUCCCGUCAGUACAAGGAGGAGUACAAGAUGAAGUGCUGCGUGAAGAACAUCGCAGCUGCCUUCCCUUGGUUAUUAUUUUCUUCUAUAGACUGUGGUUAAGAAAUGAUCAUCCUUCGUAAAUCCAUGCCGUCUCUUUAACCUUAUUGUUCCAAGUCAUCUUUUGACUUGACGUGUUGGGUUUGCCGGUGGUUGACUAUUCAUCUUCAUUGACGAUGUUGGAGUUUUCCACCUUCAGCUGGAAACCAUAGUUGUCAAAGGCGCUCGCCUAGGCGCACAGGCGCAGAGAGUCUGCGCCUGAGCCAUGCGCAAGGCACUGGCCUUGUGGUAGGCGAGCGCCUGUCAUCAGGCACUAGACGCACAGGCGCAGCGCCUGAUGAAUUUAGGGGCUUUAGUCUGUUUAAGAAGCAUCGAUUGGGCUGGGUUUUCUGGUAUUGCAUCAAUUUGGCUGGGUUUUCUGGUAUUGUGCAAUUCAAUCGAUUAGAUUUGGGUUUACUGGUAUCAUGAGAUUCAAUCGAUGAGAGAGAGAGUUGAUUUGGCUGGGUUUCUGGUAUUGUGCGAUUCAAUCGAUGAGAGAGAGAAGGCAUGCCAAAGAACACAGAGACGGAAGGUUGAAGACGACUCUGGCUAGUUGUUUUUUUUUUUUUUUUUUUUUUCCUUUUAAUAAAUCACCGUAUUAUGUAGUUUUAUUUUUCCUUAAGUGAGAAAUAAAGAAGAAAAAAUCUGGCA